AUGACAAACUGGCAAGCUGACAAAUUACCGCAACGCCCGCUGGAGGGUCAAGUGGCGUUGGUCACGGGGGCCUCACGAGGGGUUGGAAGGGGAACGGCCGUGGAAUUGGCCGCUGCCGGAGCCUUGGUCUACAUAACUUGUCGUCCAGUAAGCCGCGGGCAGAACAGAAAGGACGGUGGAGAUAUUGUGGACGUGGCCAAGGAGGUAAGAUCCUAAUUCGGUAAUGCCACAAGAGGGAAGUACCCCAAGUGCGACGCUCAAAUUUUCUUUAAAUUUUGCAUACACGUUGGGUAUGGACUAAAUAUCAAUUUCUGAAAGUGUUAGCUCGCGCUUUGCAAGCGCCGCCGAGAUAUUGAACAAUCUUUGCCGCCGAGAGGGUACGCUAAACGCGGAGAGCGGUCAGAGAGAAAAACACUUUUUUGAGCAUAACUUUUUUAGUUUCGUCCGGAAAAAAAUUGAUUUUUUGUGGAAACGGUACCCUCUAUGGUAGAAAUCGGCACGAAACUUUUCGUGCCGAAAUUCGACAAAAAGUGUCGAAUUUUGGCCAAUUUUUGAUCUAAAAAUCUCAGUUGUUUCUGCAAAGCUAGGACUCUCGCAUGUAUUGGAAAAAAAUAUGCUACAUUUAUGCCAAGCUUCAUCAAAAUCUGAGUGUCGCACUUUGGGUACUUCCCCUGUAAGUUGGAACUCAAAUUCGACCGUCUAUCGACGUUUCUUUUUGACCAAACAGUUGCUGCUGCAUUAAGGCCUGAACCGGUUUCAUAUGUUAAACACAUUUUACUAUGGCUCUUUCAGGUCAAUUCACGCGGCGGAAAAUGCGUAAUUGCCUACUGCGAUCACAGUGACCCCGAACAAGUUGAACGGCUCUUCCAGCGGAUCAGCCGGGAGAACAAUGGCCAGCUUGACAUCCUCAUCAACAAUGCUUACUCGGCGGUAGAGUUCAUUAUGAAAAAUUCGCUGGUUAAGUUCUACGACUACAAACAAAGACCAGAAAAUGUGUUUGAUCUCUCGGUAAACGUUGGACUACGGAAUGCCUACAUUUGCGCUACAUAUGCGGCUAAAAUGAUGGCUAAACGAAAGAGAGGGGUCAUUAUCAACAUGUCAUCGAUUGGAGGGUUGAUCCAGCUGUUCGAUGUGUCAUACAGUAUCACCAAGGCUGGAGUAAGUUUCGUUUUAAUGUUGAGCUGACUUCAUUGUCGCGGCCAUCAUUUUUUCAAUAUAAUGAAGGUUUAUUUCAGCUAGACAAAAUGUCCAGUGACAUGGCUAUUGACUUGCUGGAAGACAAUGUCACCGUAAUUUCGCUGCAUCCCGGUCCAAUCAAGACUGAGACGAUCAGCGAUGUCGUUCUAACCAAAGAAAACGAGAAUAAAGCGCAGAAAGACCUGUUCUCCAUCGGAGAGUCUAUUUAUCUUACUGGUCGGAUUAUUGUGAGGCUUCUACAAGAUGCUAACCUUCUCUCAAAGACCGGAAAGAUCAUUCCUAACGCUGUGCUGGCCGCGGAAUACGGCGUCAUCGAUGUGGACGACAGUAAGUUGCAUUUAUCGUCUGCCUCGAAGAUCUCGAUUACAAUAGUAUUUAUGUGUCGAUUUUAGGACCAAUCCCAAACAUCUACCCACAGGACUGGCUGGACUUCCUAAAUAAGCAAUAUGAAAUCCGCAUGGGCGAUAAGGCCGUUCGAGACGAACCCGCAAAGCUUUGA